CACUAGUUCGCUUCAUUACUCUUUGCUUGGUUGAAGUCGAACAACACACAACCGUAACUCUAAACAAUGAGCAAAAGGCAACGGAGUUUCACGGCGGCUCCGGCGAAGAAGGGUCCUUCUCCGGCGACCGUUGGCCAAAUAAAUAAAGGGCGGGAAACUCCGACCACCGUGCUGUCCCUCGACUCCGACAUCGUGGGCAUCAUCUUCGCUUUCCUCGACAUGUUCGACCUCGUUCGGUGCUCCCUCGUUUGCAAACACUGGAAUGCCAUCGUUGAGUCCCGCUCGCUGCGAGAGUUUUACGAGAGGAAGAUGAAGAAUUCUUCUAUCUUCGACGCGGGUUCGUCUGAAUUUACCAAAAUGCCCUUGAGGGCGAUUUUACGGGAAGUGGCUUUGGAGCAGCAUAAAUUGGCUCUUCAGUGUGGUGGCUUUUACGUUGAUCAGUGGAAGGGUCAUUCAACCAGGGUUGCUCAGUGCCGAAUGAAAAUGGGCAUGCUUGUUACUGGCGUAGGUGAUAAGGUUAUUCGUUUCUGGUCAUUAGACAGCUACAAAUGCAUAGAAGAACACUCAGUGCCAGAUAUGUUCUCUUUAAUUGACUUUGAUUUUGACGAUAGCAAGAUUGUUGGUCUAAUUGGUAGUCAUUUAUGCAUAUGGAGGCGGAAUGGGAAAAGAAGCAUAUUUCCUUCACCUGAAGGCAAAUUUGUAAAAGGUUCAUGCAUGCGUUACUUUGAUCCAGAAGCUGUGGUUGGAUGUGAUGAUGGAGCCAUUCGUGUUUUUGAUAUGUACAGUAGGAGAUGUUCUCAAAUAAUAAGAAUGCACUAUGCACCAAUAACAUGCGUAUGUUUGAGUGAAAAUCAAUUGAUAGUGAGUGGCUCCACUUCAGGGAAUAUCACAAUAUCAGAUCCUUCCUCUGUUCAGCAGGUAGCAACACUUAGAUCAAGUGAUGCCAGAGGCAUAAGGACCUUAUGUUUCAAUCCCUCCUCUCAGCUAUUGUUCGCAGGAUCAGCUGUUGGAUUUACAUAUUGUUGGGACCUUAGGACAAGGAAACUGUUGUGGAGCAACCGAGUGAGUCCUAAUGUUAUAUACUCCUUACAGCACAUGCAGGGUGACACAUCAACAUUAGCUGUUGGUGGAAUAGAUGGCAUUUUGAGAUUUCAAAAUCAGAAUGAUGGAAGUAUUGUUUCAAGUUGUGUUGUGGAGGAUAAAUUGUUAUCAACAUUUCAAAGUUCUUCUGGAUCCAUUCAAAUAAGGAAAGGAAGGAGGUUGCCCGAAGAUACCUACAUAAAUAUUGACCUUAUUCCCAAGACUGCUCGACCUUCUAUUACAUGCCUCGCUGUUGGAAUGAAGAAGAUUGUUACCACUCACAAUACCGAUGACAUCAGAGUAUGGAAAUUUAAAAGUAACAUUUCUUUGUAAAAUUAAGAAUUUAGUAUCCUGUAUAUUGUUUGUGAAUAGUUUAUCUUCGAGGACAGCCAUGGAGUGAGGAAGAGAAAUUUAUCUUUCUAAAAUAAAAUAAAAUACUCUUUUAAUA